AUGCGUGAGUGCGCAGAGGUGAAGGAGACAAUUGCAGCACUUUCAAACAACAUUGCCUUGUCGCAGAGAAGCUCGAACGAACGCGCACGGCUCCAUCUUGAGCCACGCGAUGCGCUGCACGAUGUGCGUGAAGCACUGCGCCUUGCGCCAAACGAUCCCGAGCAUUUGUACCUCGGCGCGAAAGUGUUUGUCCGCACAGGCUAUUGCGACAAAGCUCUGCGGCUUUUGCGUACGGCUGCAAAGCAUGCGCCGUCCGAAGCUUUGCGUGCACGCAUCGAGAAGCUUGUACAUGCCGUGCACUCCAAGUCACAAUCGCGCAAAGCCCUGCCCGCACCCGUUUGGGCACGACUGCCUCAUGAGACGAUCCUUGCGAUUUUCUCCUUCCUCGACACGCCCAUGCUCCUGCGAUGUAUUGGCGUGUGCCGCAAGUGGCGGUCACUCGCGAUGCAAAGCGCGCCGCUAUGGCACACAGUAGCGAUCCCAAGCGUGCAAUCUGGCGAAAAAAAAGAACGCGUACAUCGGCAGUACACGCUCCUUGCAUUUUUUAUGCAGCGCGCACGCGCACACCUCUCUUGUGUCACGAUUGGGCGCCCCCUCGCGGACACUGAGUCAGUCCAGAAGAUGCUGUGUCGCGCCGAUACGCUCGUCUCACUCUCGGUGGAGUGUGCUGCUGACAAGGCUGGCGCAUGGGCCGCAUUUGCACUUACAUUCCCCCGACUGACCACACUGUCCAUCCAAGCCGCGCCCGCCCAUAUCCAUCCAUGGAUGCAGCGCCCCCUUGAUACCACUAAUAUGCACUGCGGACCACUCAAAUCCUUGUGUCUGUACAAUACACCGCCGCUUGCAGCGGACGUCGCGACACUGCGGCUCUGCGCAAAACUUGCACGGCUCACAUACGGCGCUAGCGAACAUGCUGGAUCGCUGCGUACCGUGCGCGAACUAACCAUCCCUGCACUCCAAGCACUUGUCCACGCCGCUCAGGAUACCCUCGUCACCCUCGAGCUCGAUAGUGAUGCGAUCUGGGGCGCCGAUGCGUUUGCACAUACCCCCCGAAUCGCCCAAGCGCAGCCGCCGCACUUUCCUGUUUUGCGCUCGCUGCAAGCGCCGCUCAAGUGCAUGGUACUGCAUACACUUCCUGAUGUUGCGGUCGGCGUACUUGUGCCUGCGCUUGCUACGCUCCAUUUACAAGUAUCGAUUCCGCGCGCCGCUGGCGGCACCGCCGAAUCGAUACUUGCGUUUGCACAAGCGACGUGUGAUUCUGUACGCCACCUCACCCUGAGGAUCACGAGCGACUCUGCGACGUGGCUCGUUGCCUCGCUCCUACACGCAUGGCGCCAUCUCGAGAGUGUGCAUAUUGUAUAUGACGAGCCCGUCUCGAUCGACGAGCCGAUGCUCGAGCGCGAAGAAACCACGCUGGACAGGCCGCUCACUGCAGCGCUGCUUGUGCGUCUUUUGACACCUCGGGCCUUUUGCCGCCUGCCGCCGCUCUUGUGCCCCGCGCUACGGACGCUGGGAUGCGUAAAUGACGGUACAUUGCGGGGCAGAGAGCUGCUCGAGUGUGUUGGAAUCCGCGCACUGCUCGCGAAAGGAUGUUCGCUGGAAACAGCGCGGCGCGCCGUGCUGGAGCACCGCACUUUGGACGCUGUGCCAGAUGGACAAGGGACGGCGCAUGCUGCUGCGCUCGAGCAGCUGGAGCUGGAGAUGGGCACACCGAUCCACCCCGAGUUUGUCGCGCGCUUGCAGCAGCACCUUCCUCGACUUUUGUGGAAGCAGACCAGGAGCGAGCGCAGAGGAAAGCAUCGCGAGCAGUACUUGUAG